AUGUCAAUUGAAAACAAUUCUGACCGACCACGAAUCAAUAUUCAAGUUGAAGAAAAAGAAACUACUGAACAGUGGAUAUCGAGUUUUGAUGUUAAUGCAAUCGAAACAAUGACGGCGAAAACUGGCAAUUAUAAGCCGUUUCAUGUUUUUAUUGAAAUGUUAGAAAAUUCGAUCAAGAAAACAAGCCCUUCGGUUAGUCUUGAUUUUUUAGCAUCGACUGACCUCGAUAUGAUACGAAAAAAACGCAACGAAGAAACAAAACGAUCCUCUACUAAGCGUUAUUUAAUUUUGAUAUACAAAACUGAGUAUGAUUCUACUAACUACGUUCUGUCACUUCGAUACUCCGACAAAUCAGUUCCGAUCAAUCCAACAGAUCGAAUCCAUCAAUUAACAAUCGAAAACCAGUUGUUAAAAUCUCAACUUUGUUCCGAUACUGAACGAUCUGACGUACAAUUAGAACAUCUGCAUUUGAGCAACACAUUUAAUGAUCAUCACCAUUUAUCAGCGAAUAAUUUAAAAGAAAAAGAUGAACAAAUUGAUUUUCUACGUCAAAUGGUUCGUAGAAAUGAAGAAGCUUUGAUCAAAGCACGAAUUCGUUUACAACAAACAAAAACGAUAAAAGAUGCGCGUUGCAAAACAUUCUAUGAUCAAAUUGACUCGUUAAAGACGUCAGAAAGACAAUGGAAAUCAAAAGUGAAAGUUCUAACAGAUGAAAUUUCUUUUUUGAAACGAAAUCAUUCCUUGAACGAUUCUCAACAACAUUCUAAAGGAUCAUUUCGUUUGACAUCAAAUGAUCAAUCCCAACGUCGUUGUGUAACCAGCUGUCAACGAUUACCAUCAGCAUACGAUUCGUCAAAUCGGUUCAACCCGACUGCUUAUAUCAAUGCGAAAAAUCAAAAAAUACAGCAAAUUGAACGACAAAAAAAAAGAGACACUCGUCGAGCACUGAGUGCCGGUCGUUCUCGUUCGGACCCCGAUCUCAGUGAUGUUACACUAAAACACGCAAACAAAACCAAGAGUCAAAAGUUAAGUCGAAAACACUCGAACAAUUGUGAUUAUGAUCAAUCAAACGAUUCUUUUGAUUCCGAUAUCGAACGUUUAUCAUCACCUCUCGUCUUACAUCGGCCUGCAUCGCAUAACUCCACAAUUCUUCAUGUACCUGAACAAAAUGAAAUCUCCACAAUUCUCAAUCACAUCACUGAUAUUGAUCAACAUUUGCACUCAUUACAAAAGUUUUAUUCACAAAAUGUUUCUAUUCGUUAA